AUGCUGUUCUCUUCCAUUAUAUAUGCCUUUAUGGGCACUGGAGCUGUGGCCCAUGUCAUUCGCACACCGGCAGCACGAAGCUGGUGUGGCACUGCUCACCCAACCGAGGAACAGCUGGCAAAGACAAGAAAGUUGGCUAAGCAGGAGAAGGCAACAUUUCUGUCUGGAGAGAUUACAACUAGGGCUACCCUUGAUGUGGACACGUACUUUCACUGUGUCACAUCCUCAACUCAAGAGUCUGAUGGCUGGCUUUCUGAUGAAACUUUGCAGGCGCAACUGGAUGUAAUGAACGAGGACUUUGCUCCGUCUGGCGUAUCUUUCACUCUUAAAGGGACUACCCGCACUGUGAAUUCGAGCUGGGCUUUCAAUGAUGAGGAGCUUGAGAUGAAAACCGCUCUUCGCCAAGGCGAUUAUAAGACGCUAAAUGUUUAUUUCCUUACCGAUCUGGGCAGUGGCUUGCUUGGAUACUCAACCUUCCCAGAUCACUUCGAGCCUGGUUCAGAGGGCUUCUAUCUGGACGGUUUGGUGAUUCUUCAUACUACAGUGCCGGGUGGUCCCGAGACCAACUACAACGAGGGCAAGACCGUGACCCAUGAGGCAGGGCACUGGUUCAACCUGUACCAUACCUUUCAAGGUGGUUGCACUGGUGAUGGCGACUUUGUUAGUGAUACGCCCGCUCAGUCUAGUCCUACGAGUGGAUGUCCUGAGGGCCGAGACUCGUGUCCUAGCCAAACCGGAGCGGACCCUAUUCACAAUUACAUGGAUUAUUCAUAUGAGUAA